UUCAUCAAAAAUCAAGCAAAUUAAUAAACCCUUCAUUAACCAGUUUGCUAGAACGAGCUAGGCAUGGCCACUAAGAGAUUCACUUCACUUGCUCUAUUCCUCUUGCUCAACCUCAUCUUCUUCUCCUUGGCCACUGCUUGGACUCCGCCGAGCCCUAAACCGAAGCCGGAACCAAGCAACGGUGACUCAUGCCCUAGAGAUGCCCUAAAACUCGGCAUCUGCGCUGACUUGCUCGGCGGCCUUCUCAACGUGACGAUCGGGACACCUCCCAAAACCCCAUGCUGCAGCCUCAUCGACGGGCUAGUCGACCUCGAGGCCGCAGUCUGCCUCUGCACUGCGAUUAAGGCUAGCAUUUUGGGAAUUAACCUUAAUGUUCCCCUCUCUCUCAGCUUGCUUCUUAAUGUGUGCAGCAAGAAAGUGCCUAAGGACUUCGUCUGCGCUUGAGAAGCCAAAUUAGUUUGUUUGGUUUUUUAAUUAGUGCUUGUGUAAGUGUUGUUGCGCGUGGUGUUAAUUAUUAUCGUUGUGCUUGUUUGGAUUGUAAGUUUGUGGUUGAUAUAUGGUGAUUGGUGUGAGGAGUCUUCAGUAAAAGUAAUUAUUGUGAUUUCGUGGCCUA